CACAACACGUCACGAAAGAACGUGACGUCUUGACGCUUUAUAUGGUCAAGACAAUGAAGGCAGUUCUGGCAAAGUGAAGACCUGUGAAAGUUUUGCUUCCGUGUCACAGAGCUCUGUGACUCAGACGUUUGACGUGACUCACGCAGUGAGACGUACCUAGAUUAACCGCUCCCUUCUCAGACCCAACAUUCUCCUUCAAGAGUCCGUGCAGUUCUCAGGCGUUCUUGACACCGUCCCCACACCGAGUUUUUCUGGCGGAUUUUUUCUCCCCCCAGAAUAACGAAAAUGACGAAGUUCAGCUGGCUUCUUAGGACGGGCCUGUUGCUGGCGCUCCUUGGGACGCUUCGUGCCCAAGAUCCGCUGUUUGCCACCGAGACCGGCUACGAUUUGUCCUUCCAGCGGAAUGAGCUCAACCAGCGCACCCUGUCCUGGCGGGACCUUGCCCGGGCCACGGGCGGCUCGCCUCCCGAAGGGCUGCAGAACUGCCAGCCGGCUGGCUCUUACGUCGUCUAUCGCGCGGGCACUAGCUUCCCGGCCGAGGCGGACAUCGGUGCGCUUAGCGCCUUGCAGGCCAAGAUGCGCCGGCAGACCGUCAACCCGUCGUUCCGGUUCCUCUCGCAGCUGUCCACCAGCCGUAUCCCGCGGACCAGCGCCGGCGACCUCGCUGAGUCCGGCCGGCGGGAGCUGCAGGAGCUGGCCUCCCGCAUCAAGGUCCGCUUCCAGGAGUUCUUCCAGAACCCGGACGUCGACCUGGGCAGGUUUAGCUUUCAGUCCACCAACGCGUCCAAAAGCAUCGACAGCGCCGUGGCGUUCGUCCGGGGUCUGGUCGGCCUGAACCAGAUCUGCGAGACCCUGUCGUCCGAGGGCAACGUCACCGUGACCUGCUCAGAGAACAGCCGGCAGUCGCCGCGAAUCGUCACCCCGACCUCCGCCUACAUCCCCCACGAUCCCGCCAAUAUGGACCCCCUACUUCGCCCUUACAACACCCGAAGGCGAUGCCUCGAUACCGUCAACAAGGGCAAGACGGCCAGGGAGGUCAGGAACUUUCAAAGAAGCAGAGAGGCAAUGCAGCUCAAAGACCGCGUCGCUAAGAGACUCUCCGUACCUGGGGCUCAACAGCUGUGGAACAUCACGACAGAUGAGGUGGAACUUUUGGGAAGAAUCUGUGCCUACUACCUGGCCAUGUUUAACGAGAACACCACCUGGUGCCGUCUCCUCGAAUACGAAGACCUGAACGUGGCCGAGUACCGGCGAGAGCUGGAAGACUUCUGGGACAAAUCCUACGGGUUCCCUCUCAACUCGCGGGUGACGUGUCCGCUCAUCAACGACACGCUGGAGUACUUCGAUAGGCUGUCUGGCAGGGCAGCUGGAGCUGGAGUACGUACACCUCUUAUGAUUUUCAAGUUUGCCGAUGAGAACACCUUACUCCGACUCGUUAGCCUGCUGGGAAUAGCCAAGGAUCCUCGGCCACUGAUGUUCAACAACUACGCCCAGAGCCGCACCCGGCAGUUCCGCACGGCGAAGCUCGCCCCCUUUGCCGGCAACCUGGCGCUCAACCUGUUCCGCUGCGAGGAGCCGCAGUCGCUCUUCUUCGAAGACGUCACCUUCCGGGUGCAGGUACUGCUCAACGAGCGGCCCAUCAACAUCACCUUCUGCCAGGAUGCCUUCUGCAACCUCAGGGACUUCAGGCGGGAGCUGAUGGCUAAGGCGGGCCAGUGCCAGGUGCAGGCGGACUGCAACGUGGCCUUCGGGCUUAACCCAGACGGUUCUAGGCCCGGACCGGGCAGUGGCGGGGGCCGCGGAGCCGCGUCCACUGUCACACCCGCUCGACUGUUGAUAGCUCUUGCUGCAAUCAUUGUGGCCAAAGUAAUACUUGUAGCAUAGAUAAACCGUAGGUGGCUCAUAAUAAACUGUGGGAUAGGCCUUCUUGACUUGUUAAUUAAAACUCAUUGGCGCCCCCUUUAUACAAUCAGUUGCACACACCGCUCUAUACAGGCUUUGGCUAGCGGCUAUUCUAUGCAGCCACAAAUUUUGCCACAAGGACGCACAAAAAAAGUGUCUAAAAGCAAAAAACCUUCUGCAGAGUGGCUGGUACGACCGAAGAAAACUUAGCCUGGAAAUACAGGCCGUGUCUAGAGUUAUGACUCUCUCAGCCGUCAGCACGUGCGUGCGUAUUCAGUCGGCGAAGACCUAUAGACCAAGAGCUAAUUCUACACACGAUAUUGGGAGAGGGCAGGUACACAUACUUGUUUGAACAUAUGAUGAAGAACGAUGGCGCCAUUUUACGGUCCAUAGCGGGAGCUGUAAUUAUAGAGAGAAGCGCCAUCUAAUGAUCAGAGAACUGAUUCUAGAAACGAAAUGGCUGCUCGUUAUGUGCGCAGUACAGCAUGCAGCUAAUUUUGUGUUCACUGCACUGACGCCCAAACCACCAUUUUGGUUCCAGCUUUUGAGACAUUCACGUCGCAACUAUUUCUAUAACAGCUCGCUUAAACGAUAGCAAGGUCACAAGAAAGAAAACAGACACUGCGUUUGCCUAUAAUGGUCAUGUUCAGGCCGAAACACGCUCACCCCCAAAACACAAAGGCCCAAAUCAAAUACAAUAUUCAGCAACGCCAGUGCAUUCGAAAUUGUACCAAGUUUUUUGAACCUAUUUUGUUUACCGAUGGCGCCAAAGUGCGCGGCAAAAACAGAUAUAGACAUCAAGAAUAUGCUAUAAUUAUUAAUGAUUGCAAAUGUUAUUCCAAGUUUAGGUAAUGUUGAUUUUUCAAGAUAACCGUCGUGUCCAAUAAAAAGAGAUUAUACUAAACAUGCAGAUACGUGUACACGACCCCCCGGAGUGCAAGUUUUGAACUUGGACUUGUUAUAGAUAAGACGCAAUGAUCCCAUUUCAGAAAGAUGAUUUGGUGAUAAAGUCAAAUGGUUGGUGUGACACAUUUAAACUUGACACUGUGCCUGAACUGGCAGACACACGUUCCAAUGGUCAAUUCGUAAUAAGAAUCCACACCGUGACAUCAGUUAUCCAUGUCUGAGAUUUGACUAACUUUAAUAACAAAGUAACAUUUGGGGAUUUUAUACAGUCUUGUUUAUAUUAAAAUAAAUUUAUCAAUAUUAUAUAUGAUUGGAAGUUUUUUCAGCUAGAGUGAACAGAAAUUUAAUACAACAUGGAUAAAAGGUAGUUACACAAGAUGAGGCCUAUGAUAAUACCUAGUGACAAUGGUAUUGGAUGUCUUAAAGUUGUACAAGUUAUAGGAAGGAAAGUGGCCUUUAUUUUUUCCUAUAUUAUGAUUAAAAGAUCCAGUUUUAAAAUACAA